UGAGUUGCAUAAGGUUACAGGAGGCAGCUGUGUGGAUGGAGGAUGCUGCCGUGCCGGUCUGUGGUCGGUCUGUAGCCGGUAACGUUGCGUCUUUCCCGCUCUGAUGCAGCGGAUCACCGGUCUCGCCGCAUGCCGGGAGCUCGGCGGUCUCAUAGCCUGCACAGCCGGGGUCUGCGCUCGGAAGAGCGGCCCAGGCUGCUGCGGGCAGCCGGCUGCGCACCGGCAAUGGGCGAGCCUGGCUGUGCGUCCUGCCCGCCCUUUCACCGCGGCGACAAGCCGGAGACUGUGCAGGCGGAGAUGCGUGUUCGCCGGAGAGAAACACAGACUGCUCUGCUCGCAGCCCGGAGCUGACGGGCCGAGCUCCGGCCGCCGGCCCGCUAUCUCUGUAGUCGGCGUCCCAGACCCGAUCACAUGGAUCCGGUGUAAAGUCAUAAUGUUCCUGCUCGAUCUCUACUUUGACUUAGACGUCAACUCUGAGGAGUUUGAAAGAGGUGUAAAGCAGGCUUUGGUUCACGUCUCCAACAAGAUGUCCCGCGGCAGAUACCACGAGCUAAAGGGGAUCGUGUCCAGUGAGAUGUUGGAAUACGUUGAGAAGACGUGCAGCUCUCUCACCGAUGCUCAGAGAAAACGGCUCGCGGUCCAAACGGAUGAUAUCGUAUUUGUGCUUCCAGAGGACAUUUCUGUAGUCUUCGAUCAACAUGGAAGGAAGUUUUGCUUUAUGGUCAUGAGAUUUUGGAUCCUGUCAUCCCACGAAGGUCCCGACGACCCAGAGGGUACAAAAGUCUUCAAAGUGGCCUCGAGUGAAGAUGGUGGCCCACAGAAGAAAAUUGUAACUGCUGUUUAUGAAUUCCACCGAGAGCUGACGAGGGGGGCCUCCUCUGACUGGACCGUUACCACACUCUGGCACUGGCACUGGAAACGAGCUGGAUGAUUUGACUCAGCUUUGCAGAGAUAUUUGUCACUGAUCUGCUGAAUUUACUUUCCUACGGAAGGCAACCUUCAAAGUGAGCAAUAGUAUAAAUAAUUUUGCACUUGGAUUGCGUUCAGUUGGUCCCACUGUAGCUGUGCAGGCUCACUGUACUGGUGGUCUGUCUUUGAUGCCUUUAAAGCUUCACGUGUCAGACUAGACAUGUGAAGUGCUGCUGUUCAGCCUCUCUGACUCACCUGUCGACCACCAUCAGAUUCUCUAUCUGCUCCAUCGCUACACAUCCUGUCGCCACUGUCGCCUCCAUUUUUGCCUCACUGUGUUUCAUUUGUGUUUUCCUGACCAUUUUUUGUCUCGCACUUUUAUUAAACACUCAGAAAACCUGCAAUAUUUGAACACAGUGGUAAAUAAAUGUUCUGUCUUAUCGUCCAACUCCGUCUACGUGCUUUUCCGGACCUUUAAAGCACAGCUGAGUUUGGUCAGUUGUCAUUACAUUACAACCUGUAAGCAUGAAACAUUUAUCAAAAGAGAAGCUGUUUUUAUUAAAACUGAAAAAUAAACUACAAAUCAAGACUCUGAGAUACAGAGUGAAGAUUUUUUUCCUAGAAACGUCACCCACAUCAAAAAUAACUCCGUUCCAAAUGAUAACCAGUAUCUUCUAUUGGUGAAAAGCCAUUUUUCUGCUGAUUUGCACAGAGAAUCCACCAACUCUGACCUCAAAAUCAGGAAUCCUCAGAUUUCAUUGAGUCUGCACCAGCGGUUGCCUCUGCAGCUUCUGAUCCCCACAUUGAAAGGAACCCUGAGGGCUUCUGCUCCUUGCUUUCUGCCUUACAUGUGCUGCUAGGGUGGCCAAAGUUUUAAGUAAUAAAGUCAACGUGUUAGCACGUAAUCCUCAGGUUUCACACUGCUCUCAAAGAUGAACAUUAAUACUGGAGGUUCCAGUUAAGGAUCACAGACCAACAGAUCCAUGUCCACAUGCUCCUCAUUUCUGCUUAUUCCAUGAAGUCCAUAACAGUUUUUCCCCUCAAGCGACUAAUAUAAAGUCCAAGAGAAAACUUUGUUGGUUAGAAAUGAAGGAUACUGUUAAUAUUAGAUCUGUAUUCUGGUAUUCAACUAAUACCAGAAUUCUGUAAGCGAUAAAAAAGCAUCAGGCAAGAAAAUCCAGUUUCCACAGCAAGCAGGAAGGGGCAUAUGUUCCAGUAGCUGGCUGCCAGCAACCAAGUUGAAGCCAGUACUCGAUGGGCCAAAGAGAGCAUAACACAGAUCUUGUACAAAAUGAAAACAGUUAUAAUAGUACUGUUUCGCUCCAAGCGAGAAUGACUAAUUUUGCCAUAAAAUUCCCCACCUUAGCUCGCGUUUGUGCCCACAGCCGCUGCCAGCAAUGUGUCACUUGUCACAGACAUCACAUCUGACAGGCUCGUGAAUGUCGCGUGUCAUCCAAUUCUGUUAAAGCUCGCUGCAGUAUUAUUAAUGUUGACAACAUAUCUGACAAACAGAGAGGAUUCUGUCAUUAGCGUCCGCUAAUUCAUGCAUAAUGAAAUACGCUGAGGAUUAGUCUAAUUUCCCUGCAUGGUAAUACACGGGGUCUGCGGAAGUUUGCGUGGGGGGGGGGGGGGGGGUUAUGUUCCAGUCAAGCGUCUCACCGAGUCAUAACGAGAUUAAAUGAGUGUGGUUAGCUUAGCACGUGUCAGUAUGCACAUGGAUAUGGUGAGAGCACAUUAAACAAUUCACCACGCCUGUGCAUCACUCAGUUUAAUGGAAAUUAACAAGAAAACAUAAACAAGUGGUGAAUAAACAAAAGCUAAUGUUAUUUAUUAGUUAUUUUAUUUUAUUUUAUUUUUUUGUUUUUUGUAUGUUCUGACGUGGGAAUCAGACCGGGCUACACGCCAACUAGUUCAUUAAUCUAGUCAGCGAAACAGAUUGCAAACAAUUGCUCAUCUUUCUUUAAUGUGUUUGCAUGCGUCCCAGCUCCAAGACGCUGCAGAGUCUCACUGUAGGGCUGAUUAACAGAAUUAUGGGAUGAAUAUGUGUGGACAUCAAAUCUAAUACUUGUAGUCAGAAUACAAGUGAUAAGGUUGAGAGCAUGUACCUCUUAGUAUUUGCUGAGCUGCAUUUUAACCCCAACUGAACAGUUUCAUAGCAGCGCUGUUUCCAGUACACAGCAAACAGUCUGCACUGAUAAAGCACCUGUUAGCCUAAAACUACUGUUCUUAUAUAUUACAUGUCUGCUUAUGACAAUCAUUCUAUUACAUAUAGGAGCAGCGCCUUUGCCAUGUCAGCAUUUCAUUAUUAUGCAGAUGUUGUUCAGGUGGGAGUGAGCCUUCUAAUAAAUGCAGCAUGGAUAGUUUGGUAGCUCCUCCAUGUGCUGAGGCAACCACUGCACUCCAAGUUGCUCCUAAGAGUUGCCAGACCCCCCCCCGAAUGGCAGCGGUACGAGCGAGUGAAAAGCUAGCUGUGAAGAAGUAUUUUGUCUGCUGUUAACACAAAAUGACCAGUGAAUACUAACGGCGGGUAACAUCGAGUAAACACAAAGGCUGAAAAAUGAUCCGUGUUUGUAACACACAAAAAUCACAACAAAUAUUUUUGAUUAAAAUGUUUCU